CCGAAGACUAGUCUACGUGGGCGAGAAAAAGAGAGGGGCGAACCGAGCACAGAAGAAACGCAGCUCUCCGCCAGCCUCGUUGUCUUUUGAGGUCCCGUUGCGCUGGAUUUCCCUAUCACGAGCACCCAAGACCUCACACAUGCAGUAGUACAGCAUGCAUCGUCUGCGUCCCGACCGGGCCCUUGCUCCGAGCUUUGCGAUAGGCUGGCACACAAUAAAUACGACAGGCCAGAUCUCCUAUCCGCGCGCAUCGGACGCUAUACCCAGGAUGGGCCACCAGAUAGGUAGCUCAGCGAGGACCCCCUAUCCGACGUUGACCAAACGGUCCCUUUGUGCAAAGUGUGGAGGACAGCAUUCGGGCAUUCGCAUCUCUGGCUGGGUAGCCAAGCCAGUCUAUUGUGAAUACUCUAGACUAGGCGCUGAGGCUAGACAUCUCGCUCCUUGGCUUUCGUGCGCAGUAUACGCGCUGCUGCCUCAUCCCUGUCGAGUCUUCCCGCUCGCACCGUUGUGUGAACAGACCAGCAUGGGGGCAUCAUGCCCACCCUCAGCUCCGUCGUACCCCUGGGCGCACAUCAUGACCCCUGGCCACUUUCCCAUGCUCGAGAUUUGGCCCUAUCGGCCGCCCAUGCAAAGCUCGGCCUCUGCUGCCGGAUCAUCACCCAUGGCACACCCAAGACUACGAGAUGCUAGGUUGACUGCGCCUAGAUCCGAGCAGUGCUGGGGCCUUCUCAGCCCGGUCAUAUCCACCUGUCACGUCAAGGUCUAGUCCCAAGUGAUGGGCCCUACCGUUGCUGUGCACUGAAAACACGUUCGCAACCUGACGCCGUCGUAUUGUUGGUCUCGGCUUCUCAGCCUUGAAGCCCUGGUCGUUGUCCAGCACUGGCCCGUCUGCCUAGACUAUAGGACCUGCAGCUUCUUUAGAAUCACCCACUUCCACAGCACAUUCUGUUUCUUUCCUUUAGGUCCCCUUCUCACAGGCAUAUCCUCUUCCUUGCCUCGUCUCUUUGCCGGGCCAUCAUUGCGCAAGAUAUCUUUUUAAUCUUAGCUCUUGGUGUUUCAGUCAACUCACCCAUCGUUUCCUACCUUCUU